AGAGAGAAGAAGAGAAGAAACCGGAAGAGCAGCCUCCUCGCCUCGUGUCAGGGCAAAGGCCCAGUAAAACCACUAGUGGAGCAGCAUCAGCAUCAGCAGCAGCAGCGCACUCCUCCUCCUCCUACUCCUCACUCGCCAGCAGCCGCAGCCGAGGAGGAGGCGGAGGCGGAUGCGGGAGAUCCCCCGCGUGGCCGCCGCCGCCGCCGCCGGAGAUGGACACGCCGGAUAGGCCCCCCCGCGCCGCCGCCACCGCGGCCGUCGAGGACUCUCCUGUCUUCAAUUUCAUCAACAGCCUAUCUCCUAUACCACCACCUAAGCCUUCAGACUCAGCACAUAAUGUUCAACUAUUCAAGUCAUCAGACUUGGCUCCUGUUUCCUCAAUCUUUGCCUCACCACAUGUCAAUCCUGCAAAGGAAUCUAAACUUCCAAUCAGGGAAGAUUCUGUUCAACUUUCUCGAGAAUCGCACUCUCCGAACAGUGUCAGAACUCGAACAGGGGCCACAAGCUCUAUUAUUAGAAUGAUCAGAUGCAAAAACAUUGUUUCAGAAAAUUGCAGUAUAACUUGUUACCUAAAUGAUUCAACUUCAAGUAAAGCAUCUCAACCCAUCCAGCUUUGUGGCGGCAGUGCAGAAAGUGAUACGAAUCAAAAUACUGAUGGUAAAAAGGAUCCCACUACAGAGCAAGACCGUACAGACAUAGAAUUCGUCCUACUUGAUCAGUGUGGACCAGAAAAAAUGGAUUCAUCACAGUCAGGUAAUAAUGCUUGUGAAAACCAACUGUCUGAACAACACAAGGAUGAACUUGGGUCAUUUGAUGGGGGUUACAUGUUUGCACAUCAACCACAUAGUGAUAUGCUGAGAUUAGCUCCACCAUUUGAGUCAGAAACACAGUUAGUGAAUGAGACAUUACAAACAGAUAAUGUCUACUGUGAAACCUUGUUGACCGAUGGGCCAAGUGGCUCUUACACACAAAAUUCUGCACCUGAUCCUCAUCUUUACUGGGCUGGGGCAGUUGAAGGGUGUGCAACAGAUUAUACCCCCCAAAUGCUCCCUGGUGCUUGUCAAAGCCAGUUGGUGCCAAAUGAUCAAAUCAAUAACAAGCUCAACGAGCCCAGUGAUUACAUGCCAAUGGACCACAAUGUGUCAUCACAGAAUUUACGUGGCAUGCGUAGACGUUGCCUUUUCAAUGAAAAGAGUGGAGCUGCUAAUGAAGGGGCAAAGAACUCCUCAGCUCGUCAUUCUACAAAUUCAACCACACCCAGACGCAAGAUUAGUUCCAGUGAUAACAACUUAAAGACUCUGAGGACCCCUCCAUGUGCAUUGCCUGGUAUUGGCUUGCAUUUGAAUGCCCUUGCCACAGUGCCAAAGGAUAAAAUGGUUCCCCAUAAUGACAUUCAAUCCUCUUUGAAUCAAGCCAGCAAUGUUCCGUCUGCUGUUGGUUCUUCUCCACCAACAGAUGAUCCACAUACUAUAAAUGAUGACUCCUCCCAGACAGCCGUGGUUGCAUAUGUUGGUGAAUCGAGUCAGGGUAGUCCCAAGAAGAAAAGACACAAGUUCGACAAUGGUGAUGGCACGUCGUGCAAGCGUUGUAGCUGUAAGAAGUCAAAAUGCUUGAAGCUGUACUGUGAGUGUUUUCAUGCUGGUGUCUUUUGUUCAGAACCUUGUUCGUGUCAAGGCUGUCUGAAUAUGCCUAGCAACAUGGAAACAGUUCUAUCGACUCGAGAGCAGAUUGAGUCUCGUAAUCCACUUGCAUUUGCUCCUAAAGUAAUUCGCACUGAGCCUGGUCAGGAAUUAGCUGAUGACUCUAACAAAACUCCUGCUUCUUCUCGUCACAAAAGAGGCUGCAAUUGUAAGAAGUCAUCGUGUUUGAAAAAAUACUGCGAAUGUUAUCAGGGUGGUGUUGGAUGCUCUGUGAGUUGCCGAUGUGAGGGUUGUAAGAAUGCUUUUGGGAGGAGGGAGGGAGUUGCACUGUUAGGCAUAGAGGAAGCUAAGCGUGGAUGCGAAGAAAAGGAUGGAGGCGUGAAGGAAGAAACCACUGAUAAUGAUAAGCAGCUUGUUAUCUAUCAAGAUAGUAUCAACCUUACUCCUGCUGAGAGUGUGCUGGCAACACCUUCAGUUGUGGAUUACAGACCCUUGGUUGCUCUUCCACCUUUGAGCUCCAAGAAGCCAAGAUCGUCGACGAAGCUUGGUGGAUAUUCUUCUCGACUUGAAGGACACCUGAAGUCUGACAUUCUACUCUCUCCAUUCGAAAGCUACGCAGAAAUGAUGCUCGGGGAUGGUACAUCAAAUGUCCUAAAAGGGGAAUCAUCCCCUCAAACUUCUGUCAAGGUCGUGUCACCUAAUAAAAAGAGGGUCUCUCCCCCUCGCAUUGGUACCGGAUUGUCUCCGAUCUGCAAGAGUGGCAGGAAGUUGAUUCUCAAGUCCAUCCCUUCAUUCCCUUCUCUUGGUGUCGACAUUACUAACGAGGAUCCAAACACUAGUUCGCUAGCUCCUUGAACACAACAAAAUUUAGUGCUUGAGGUUAUAUCCUUGUUUAUUUAUGGUUCCUCAGAGGACCAGAUCGCCAACAUCUCAGUCUGCAUCAGGGUUGGUUCUAUCAUGCUCUAAGUUUGAUGAUCAACCAAGGGAGUUUAGUUUCGGCAAGUUUCUGUUCAGAGGCUGAAGUUUUCCCGUGCUUUCUCGAGAGUGAAAUGCCCAAUAAUAAUCCAGUACGUGUACACGUACCAAAAGAUGUCCAAAAAUUACGCCCCCAUCAAGAGCCUCCUGUGACAGGAGGUGUGCUAAUAAUUAUGCCCGGACUUGUCGACUAUCUGUCAUUGUUUGAGUUGCCCAUCCCUGUUCGUAUGUAUCAUUUCACGCUUCAUCUGAAAGACAUCUAUCAUCAAUGUGUUGUGUUGAAAAGAAGAGAUAUGUCAUCUGUGUACUUUGAUAUUGUUAUCAUCUAUGUAAUGUACUUGGGAUCAGGCUGUUAAAACUUUUAUGAAAACUUUAUGUAAUUGAGAACAAGCAGUUAUUUAUAGUACUUAUGAAACAACUCUGUUUAAAAUCCAA